AUGUCGUUACUUUCUUAUAAGUACUAUGAUACUCCAGAAGGCCAAGACAUCUAUAAGAAAGUCUUUGUAACCUCCAAAUAUGCAGUACUGACAGGCCUCGCUAGUGCUACCCUGGAUGUACUUAUGUUCUCACACCCUAAAGGUUUCGUGAAUACUACGGGCCGAUAUAUGUUUUAUAUCGGUCCCCUGGUUGGUAUGGCAUCAGCAUUUACCCUAACUACAAAUGUCGCCCAAAACAUACGAAACAAAAACGAUGGUAUAAACUAUUUCUUGGGAGGAAUAGCUGCCGGAUCAAUUUUCGGUGCUUGGUUGAGAUCAGUCACUGUGGGCGUACCAGCGGCUGUCGUUCUUGGCGCUGUCGGCUUCGUCAAGAAGUCUGGAGUAGACAAUGGCUGGACAUUUAUGCCUGAGAUGCCACCAAGCGCUACAAAAACUAUUAAAUCUGUGAAACGUGACUGGACAAUGGUAAAAGAUAUUGAAGAAAAUAAAACGUGGACAACAGGUGCCCAGUAA